UGCUUUGUAUGUAUUUACCAUUUUGGGCGAAUACAUGUAUGAGUUUGGAUAAAAGUGAACAAUAAGUGAACACAUUCUCAAAUUCAUGAUGAAUCUUGUUGGGCAAAUUUUUAUAAUUUUGGCGUUUGCGAGUGGUUCUAGUCAAAGUUUUAUCUUUAAUAAUAAAAAAGUUGACUGUCUUAUGUCGCCAUGGAGUGAGUGGAGCGAUGUUUACGGAUUUGGAGAACGGCGUAAAGAAAGGGUUAUUCUUAGGUAUCCUGACAACGGUGGCAAGCCAUGCCCUAAUGAUACGGAAAUUACAGAGAUCACAUUACAGAAACCUACGGUUCAAGCAACAGCCACUCAAGUCAUCACCGGGUUUCUGCAGAGAAAUUUGAAACCAAGUCAUUCGUCGCAUCGAAGAAUGGUUAAAAGAUCAGAUCCGAUUGGUCAUUUUAGAGAUUUAUUGAUAAUCAUAGAUUCGUCUGGUAGCAUAGGAUCUAGUAGCUAUGAAAUUGCAAAACGGCAAACAGGUGAACUCAUAGGUCUGUUAUGCCCUGUACCAGAUCCCUUCUAUUCGAGAGGACAUAACGGCUAUAACCGAGCGGCACUUAUUCAGUUUUCUACCAACGCAGUAGAAGAAUUUGAUUUUGAUGACAAGCAUGGCAUAGCAGAACUCAAAGUAGCAAUACAGGCAGUACCAUAUCAAAAUUGAAUGACCUGUACCGGAGAUGCAUUUUAUAAGGCCAUACAAAUGUUUACAUCGUCUAAAGGUGCGCGUCAAGGAACCAAACAUGAAGUUUUAAUUGUAUCUGAUGGAAAAUCCAACUGCGGAAGAUCAAUUUCAACCGUAUUACCAACGUUGAAAGCUAAAGCAGAUGUAUUCGGAUUAAUGAUUGGCGAUUUUACACUCGAAGGCAAAAAAGAACUUGCAUCGUAUGUCAGUAAACCAGUUAUUGACCACUUAUUUGCCGUCGAUGACUUCCAAGAUCUUGAAAGAUUACUGAAUCUCAUAAAAGCAGAGGUAGAUAAUGCCAACCCAUGUGUACACUUUGAUCAGUCGAAGAAAUGAUUUAUAUAAGUUUUAAUAUUUAUCUAC